GUUUGGAAUAUUGACUGACACGACGACAGUCUGACAGGUUUGUGUUUCGGUCUUAGAUUUCUGUUCUUUCGUUCAAGUUUUGUCAGUGACGCGAUAUCAUUAGUUUAGCAUACAAUGACAGUCUCAUUUCUCUAGAAAUGAUUCUCAGCAGUAAGAAAAAUACAGUUCGAAGGAAAAGCCACUUGUAUCGGUUGCCGGUGUUUGAUCGAGAUGGACGUGCGGGUGUAGCAUAUGACUCAGGCUCAAGGUGUUGGAGCAGCAUGGCGUACUUGGGAUUAGGGUUUGUGUUUCUGGUGAUUGCGCCCUACCUUGUCUACAGCCAGGCCAGUGGUGUCGCAGACGAACAGACCGCCUCCCAUCAAGUCAAUCAGUGGACAGACUUCUGGCUGUUCCGCCUUGGGGUCAAUGUCCUGGGAUAUGCAACCAUCUUUGUCCCAGGAGCUCUCCUUAUCAACUAUUUGCGGAAGAGCAAGUACAAUGAAACAGCAGGGCCUGGCUGCUUGUCCAACUUCGCUGUAUUAUGUGUGUUUGGGAAGGAGCAUGAGAAGGCCAGUUUGGAGGAAGGCCAACCAUCUCAGGACAAGUCCGACUCUGGUAGCUCAUCACCAAGUUCUCAGGGUGUGAAGCUGCUGUUUUGCUUUGCUGGACUCCAGUUUUCCUACCUGACAUGGGGCUUGCUGCAAGAGCGCAUCAUGACCUUCCAGUACGGCAAGACUGAAACCGUGGAAGGAGAGUACUUCAAGAAUUCAACAUUUCUCGUGUUUGUCAACAGAAUUUUAGCCUUCAUGAUUGCAAUUCUGGUGAUAUUCUUUAAGAAGCAGCCUCCUCAUACAGCCCCUCUGUACAAAUACUCCUACAGCUCGUUCUCCAACAUCAUGAGCAGCUGGUUCCAGUAUGAGGCUCUCAAGUAUGUCAGCUUCCCCACACAGGUCCUAGCAAAGGCAUCCAAGGUCAUACCAGUGAUGCUGAUGGGGAAGGUUGUACAGAAGAAAACAUUUGAGUACCACGAAUACUUCACAGCGGGUUUGAUCUCAGUGGGCGUCAGCAUGUUCCUUCUCACUAGUGGAGAUGCCACACGAGACAAAGGAACAGUGACAACCUUCUCAGGCAUUAUCCUACUGGUCGGUUAUAUGCUGUUUGAUAGUUUCACCUCCAACUGGCAGGGGGCGCUGUUCACCCAACACAAGAUGUCCUCCAUACAGAUGAUGGCUGGUGUGAAUAUGUUCUCCUGUCUCCUAACAACUGUGGCUCUGAUUGAACAAGGAGGGUUCCUGGAGUCCUCGAGCUUCAUGAUCCGCCAUCCUGACUUUAUAUUCCACUCAGUUGUCCUCAGCAUCUGCUCAGCUUGUGGACAGCUCUUCAUCUUCUACACCAUCGCUAGCUUUGGUGCUGUGACAUUUGUGAUCAUCAUGACAGUGCGUCAAGGCUUGGCUAUCCUACUCUCUUGCAUGAUCUAUGGCCACCCUGUCACAAUUUUAGGAGCAUUUGGUAUUGGUACAGUUUUCGUGGCUCUAUUCCUACGUAUUUAUGCAAACAAGAGAAAGCGGGAUAUGAAAAAAGCACAGGCUUCUCAAUCACAACAGUCAGGAGCUGUCACAAAAGUAUGAUGCAGAUGAUGACUGUCACAGGAGGAAUCCAAUAAUACUGAAGCCUGUGUCAGGACAAUGUUGGGAUGUGUGUAUGCCCGAAGUUAUACUGGGCAGGGUGCAUGUGUCUGGGAGGUAAGAAUAUCAUGUGGGAAUCUGUAUUGGAGUAUAAUCUUUGUUGAAACCCUGUACAAUACUUUGCCUACUGGGUUAAGGAUCAAAGCUUAAUUUAUUUCCUUUAACCUUAUGGACAAGAAUACUCAGGACAUGAGGUGGUGGUGCUUGUAGUAGGUGAACUCAAGUUAAGCUUAUCUACAUGAUCUGUCUCUUCUCACAACCAUUUUAACUGCUGCACUAGUCAU